AUGAAGGAGGUGGUGAGAAAGGAAGUUGUGAAGCUGUUAGAUGCAGGUCUUAUUUAUCCGAUAUCAGACAGUUCAUGGGUGAGCCCUGUUCAUGUGGUACCUAAAAAAGGAGGUACAACGGUGAUAGCUAAUGAAAAGAAUGAGUUAAUUCCUACCAGAACGGUCACUGGGUGGCGGGUGUGCAUAGACUACAGAAGACUAAAUCUGGCCACAAGAAAUGACCACUUUCCAUUGCCAUUCAUUGACCAAAUGCUAGAAAGAUUGGCUGGGCAUGACUAUUAUUGUUUUCUGGAUGGGUACUCGGGAUACAACCAAAUUGCGGUUGCACCGGAGGAUCAAGAGAAGACAGCCUUUACUUGCCCAUACGGUAUCUUCGCUUAUAGAAGGAUGCCGUUCGGGUUGUGUAAUGCCCCAGCGACAUUCCAAAGAUGCAUGACUUCUAUUUUUGCUGAUAUGCUUGAAAAGCAUAUGGAAGUCUUCAUGGAUGACUUCUCGGUAUUUGGUUCCUCCUUUGAUAAUUGUCUGGCUAACCUUUCACUUGUUUUGCAGCGAUGUCAAGAAAGUAAUCUGAUCCUAAACUGGGAGAAGUGCCAUUUCAUGGUACGAGAAGGCAUUGUGCUUGGUCACAAAAUCUCCCACAGGGGAAUCGAAGUUGAUCAAGCUAAGGUGGAGGUUAUCUCAAAAUUACCACCACCUGUGAAUGAGAAAGGUAUUCGGAGUUUCCUAGGCCAUGCGGGAUUCUACCGUAGGUUCAUAAGGGAUUUUUCGAAGAUAGCCAAACCGCUGACCACUUUGUUGGUUAAAGACAGGACUUUUGUAUUCAAUAAAGAGUGUGCCGAUGCAUUUGAGACACUGAAAAAUAAACUAGUGUCGGCACCCAUUGUGAUUGCCUCUGAUUGGUCUCUACCCUUUGAGAUCAUGUUUUAUCUAUGGGACGACCCAUACCUAUACAAGAGAGGAGUAGAUGGGUUGAUAAGACGAUGUGUGCCUGAGGAAGAGCAAAAGGAUGUGUUGAGAGCAUGUCAUGACUCGGAAUAUGGAGAGCAUUUUAGUGGGGAUCGUACUGCCUCCAAAGUCUUGCAGUCAGGGUUGUACUGGCCAUCAUUGUUCAAAGAUUCCCAAGAGAUGGUAAAAGAAUGUGAUAAGUGUCAGCGUACUGGGAACAUUUCAAAAAGAAAUCAAAUGCCCCAGAAUUUCAUGUUAGAGGUGGAGUUAUUCGAUGUUUGGGGAAUUGACUUCAUGGGUCCUUUUCCACCAUCAUUCGGGAAGAAUUACAUCUUAGUUGCAGUGGACUAUGUCUCAAAAUGGGUGGAGGCGGUAGCUUUACCAACUAAUGAUGCAAAGGUAGUAGUCAAGUUCUUGAGGGAGAACAUAUUUGCUAGGUUUGGAGUACCGAGAGCACUUAUUAGUGAUGAAGGAACGCACUUCCUAAAUCACCUCAUGGAGAAACUCCUGCAGAAAUACAAUGUGAAGCAUCGGAUAGCCACCCCUUAUCACCCUCAAACAAGUGGUCAGGUAGAGGUGUCUAAUAGACAGCUCAAACAAAUUCUCGAGAAGACAGUGAGUUCGUCGAGAAAGGAUUGGGCAACAAAGCUAGAUGAUGCGUUAUGGGCUUACCGAACAGCGUUCAAAACACCCAUCGGGAUGUCACCAUACCAACUUGUUUAUGGAAAAGCAUGUCACUUACCUUUAGAGCUUGAACACAAGGCAUUUUGGGCAACUAAACUUUUGAACAUGGACUUGUCUCUAGCAGGAAAUUCUAGAAUCUUACAGUUGCAUGAAUUAGAAGAGUUCCAGAAUCGUGCGUACGAAAAUGCCAAGGUUUACAAGGAACAGACCAAGAAGUGGCACGAUAGGAGGAUUCAGAAAAAAGAGUUUUGGGAAGGACAGCUGGUCCUUCUGUACAAUUCCCGUUUGAAGCUUUUUCCGGGAAAAUUGCGAUCCAAAUGGUCGGGACCAUUUAUGGUGGUAGAGUUUGGACCGGUAGACGCAACUCGAGUAAAAAGGCACGGAGAGUGUCCAUUUUUGAGCUAUUACAAUGCCUCCCCGAAAGACAACCACACGCCGUAA